AUGCUGCCUUCCCCGAGCAGAGGGUGCCCCGUGCCGCUGCUGCUGGGCGCCUGGGCGCUCUGGGCGCACAGCUGCCUCUCCCAGCGGGUCCUCAGCGGUCAAAAGAUAUGCUAUGGUGAUUCAACACAUCCCUGCUACAAGAUAGCCUAUUUCCAAGAUAUGUCCAGGCGUGUGGGUUUCCAGGAAGCUCUCCAUGCCUGUGAGAUGGAUGGUGGAGUACUCCUAAGCCUUGAAAGUGAAACAGAGCAGAAGCUAAUAGAAAGUAUGCUGCAGAAUCUCACAAAAUCAGGCCCUGGAAUUUCUGAUGGCGAUUUCUGGAUUGGGCUAUGGAGACGUGGCGAUGGACAAACUACAUCAAGUGCCUGCCCUGACCUUUACCAAUGGAUAGAUGAAAGCAGUUCACUCUUCAGAAAUUGGUAUACAGAUGAGCCUUCCUGUGGGAGCGAAGCUUGUGUUGUGAUGUAUCAUCAGCCAACUGCAAAUCCUGGUUUGGGAGGGCCUUAUCUUUACCAGUGGAAUGAUGACAGAUGCAAUAUGAAGCACAAUUUCAUCUGCAAGUUUCAACCAGAUGACAUCCUAGAAAAAGAAUUAGGAGACAGAACAGAUCCACAUUAUGAAGUCCAAGCAACGGUUCCAUCUGGGAAGCCUCAUGAUUCAAGCAAGCCAGAAGAUCAUUUGCCAGUGGUUGUUACUGAAACGGGUGGUUUAAUUCCCAAUCUAAUUUAUGUUGUUAUACCAACUAUACCACUGCUGUUGUUGAUAUUAGUGGCUUUUGGGACAUGCUGUUUCCAGAUGUUGCAUAAAAGUAAAGGAAGAACAAAAACCAGUCCGGACCAAUCUACACUAUGGAUUUCUAAGAGCCAGAGGAAAGACAGUAGCAUGGAGGUAUAA